AUGCCGAGUUUCCUCCAGACGCUCUCCAAUAGCGUCGAUUGGGGCAACCUUCUCUGGCACCAGGAUGUUGCAACUCCUAUGUCUACUUCGAAAUCGUCCUCCGCAGGAGUAGGACGUCAACUAUAUACGACACAUACCAAUUCUGCUGUAGAAAUGACUACACCUAGACCUACUCCCUCCACGAACAGGAGCUCCACCACUUCUACAAGUUUUCAAGAACUACAGCACCAAUUGCACGCCACAAACAACAACUGGAACAUGCGAAGAAAAAAGACAUCAUUUCGUGGCAAUAAUGGAGAAGGUUCUGUUAUUUCGGGCAUGAAUGGUUCGCAGGGAGAUGCUGGUGCCGGCGCCGGGGGUGCUGGAAAUUAUGAUUUAUUACAUUUAUAUACUCGAAUAUUACAAAUUUUUUUUGUCUCGUACUAUGAGUACAAGUAUGUGUAGUUGUAAACAUCUGCAUCUUGAUCAUCCUCUAACUAUCAAAAGGAGAAAGCGAGGAAGUUGAACCGGGGUUGACAGCAGCACAGCAGGUUGCGAACGCAGCUGUCCAGAUGUCGGAGCAUAGUGCGGAAGUCACGAAAUCAGCAGCACAAGUAGUGGAAGCGAGUGCACAACAGGCCAAAAGUGCGGAGGCUCCAGCAGGCUUCGACCAGGCGACUAUGCCAGACACUGUCGUUUGUGUACCGUUAUCAGCGAAGGGAGGGUCGACUUACUCGAUGAAGUCCGGUGCGGAUGCAGAAGCAUUUGCACCGAAGUCAGAGAAAGAUGCGAUGGCGGCAGGUUUGCUUUUUUCCUGUUUGCUUGUGAACUUCGACAACUUUCUAUUUCUUCCUGCUAACUUAAAAUAAGUUCAACUUGAUGUUUCAUCUGUCACGUCAACAUGAUUUAUCUUAACAAGAAAGUGUAAGGGUUGCAAUACCUCUCAUCGAUGGUCGUGGAUGAAACCUUCUCAAUAUCUCGCACAUGAUUAGGUGCUCGCGCAUCCGGAGGCGCUUACAUGACGAAAGAAGGUGCUGCAGAUGGCAGUGGUCCUGGAGGAAGCUAUGGCGGGACGACUGGACCACCUCAGCCACCAGGAGAGAUGCAGACUAACCAACCGACACAAAACGGCAUUCCUGGUGGAGCGCCAACGAGUGAUCAGUACUCGGCUGGUUGAGGCCGGCUCAGGAUUAGUAGAAUAUAGUUAGUUACUGAGUUGUAAGUCGAGUAGAAAGUUGGUAGUCGGAAACACGAUAUCGAAAUGACCUGGUUUCUUCACCAGUAGGAAAAUGUGCAUGGCGAGCUAAUUGAAAAAGACAUCUUCUGAUUACACGCGCAUAUUACAAAUCGAGUACUAGGACACUGACAUUGCAUUGCACAGAAAUAAAUUCUAGCUUCUAGAAGGCUUUUCAAAUUCAACAUCCAAUGGCAUGAUCAUGAAUGUUAUCUUCGUAGAAACAAGCAUAUGAAAUCUUUAGCAAGGGAUCAGACAGGUAGGAACGAACAACGGUGUCAUGACGUGCGUCGCACGAGUUUCGUUGUCGCUACUUUCCCUUUCGCAGAAAACUUUGCCCUUAC